AUGACUGAUCUCACCAUUAUUGUUCCAACAUACAAUGAAUCUGAAAAUAUUGAACAACUUAUUACACAACUUGAAGACACUUUGAAAGAUAUUAAUUUCGAUAUUUUAGUUAUGGACGAUAAUUCUCCUGAUAAAACUGGUGAAAAAGUUCAGCGACUUAAAUCUGAAGGGCACAAAUGUGAUGUUGUUAUUCGUACUCAAAACCGUGGACUGUCUCCAGCUGUUAUUGAAGGAUUUGGAAUUGCUAAAGGAGAUGUUGUAUUAGUAAUGGAUGCAGACCUUCAACACCCAGUUUCUGUUGUACCAAAAUUAUAUGAAGCAGUAAAGAAUGGCGCUGAAGUUGCUGUUGGGUCAAGACAUUGUCCAGGAGGAGGAAUUGAAAAUUGGGCUUUUCAUAGAAGAGUUAUCUCAUGGGGCGCAGCUCUUCUUGCACGACCAUUUACAUCUGUGUCAGACCCAAUGAGUGGUUUCUUUGCAGUUAAAUCAUCAAUACUUAAAGGAAGCAAAUUAGAAGCAAAAGGAUAUAAAAUUCUCCUUGAGGUUCUUGUUAAAACAGGAGCAAAGAAUGUAGUUGAGGUACCAAUUAUCUUUACUACUCGUGUACAUGGUGAAUCUAAAUUAACAGGAGGAGUUAUGACUAAUUAUCUUCUUCAUUUAUUUUCAUUGUUUUGUUAUCCAGGAACAUGCCCACUUCUUAAGUUCAUUGUUGUUGGAGGAUUAGGAACUAUUAUUGAUAUUCUUAUAUUCACUCUUUUUAUUAGUAUUGGACUUCCUGGUGGAUUUGCACAAACCCUCUCAUUUAUUACUGCGUUAUGUAAUAAUUUCUUCUUAAAUUCACUUUGGACAUUCCCACAACAAGUAGAUGCAAAACAAAAACAGAAACAAUUUAUAAAGUUUGGAAUUGUUUCAGGCAUUGCUUUUAUUAUUAGAAGUUUGUUAUUUAAAUUUGGAAGAAUAUAUGUUCCAGAUAAAUUCCCAUAUAUUCAAAUGCUUCUCUUUGUUGUCAUUGGUACUGUUACAAUUAUAAACUUCAUUGGAUCUAAGUUGAUUGUGUUUGCAUAA